AUGUAUUGAGCAGUACAAAUGGAAAACGUCCAUAGUAACUCUCUUCUUAAUUGCAUUAAGUGUAUUGAGAACUGGAAAUUUGCCUCAAUGCACUUGACGUUUGAGGAGAUGGUCAGAGAGGAUACUCAUUCAUGGCUAUUACCUUGUGACUUUGCUGAAAAUUGACAGUAGAAUCAGGUUCAUCGAUAAUGCCUUCCAAGGUUGACCAGGCUGCCCACAGAUUAGAUUUAUGUGAGGAACAUUGAGAUGUUGAUGAUCUGCUGCACCAAUGAAAUUGUUCAGCUCAAUACCUUCAUCAAUGAAAGGAAGGUAACUCAUCAGAGGAAGAAAAGCUGAUGUAAAAAAUUCACCUGGGUAGUGGAGAUUCAGGUCAUUUUCACCUACAUAACAAACAAAAUAAUUCCCCAAUGCUUUUGUUUUUUUUUUAAAUUAUCUUAUUUAAUUUUAUGACGACCAUUUGUAAUUGUCCUCCAAGACUUUAAUAGUAUUUCUGAGAAUAUUGCAAAUUAGAAAUUGUUUUGUGUGAACAUGAAGCUUUUGCCAGGGUAUAUUUAAAUAACUAUUGUAAGGAGCAAAUCUUUCAUUGAACCAGCUCAGUGGAAGUCAGCAGAUGGUUAUUUCAAAUCCUGCCUUGGAGAUUUCGAACUAACCAGACAGAAAUAAGAUCUGUGCAGAAUUGGCUCGAUCCUUCUUCUGUAUAUCAAGCUGGACAGCAUUGUCAAGAUUUGAAUGUGCUAUCAACUCACUAACAUGGAUGACAAUAAGUUUCCUAAUAGUUCAGCAGAGAUACAUAUCCAAGUCUGAAGAGGCCCAAAAGAUUUUUUUUUAACAUAUUUUAACUUCCAUUCUGUGGCACAAGGGAACAGAAAUGUUUCUCCUUGGGUCCAUAUAAGCAAAACUUGUUCCUCCUUUGCUGCAAACUUGCCCCCAUGCAAAUUCUGAUGCUGUUGAUCCUGCCACUCAUCUGCAGACAUGGGUCAGUAUUUUUGCUGACCAGGGAAGGCAAAAAGACAGCCAAUGUAAUUUAAAUGAGGCCUUUCAAUUUAAAGAAACAUGGGAUUGUUUCUGGAUUGGGGAGUGAGCUUCUAACUCUCACUCCUACUCGCUCAGCCAAACCUGAAUUUAAGUUUGGGUCAAUGCCAAGUAUUAUUUGGACUCCUAUGAAGAAAUAGGAAGUGAAGGUCAUAUUGUGCCAUAAAAAAGAAGCAAAUUAGACCACAAGUCAACUUAAACAAUUUCUCCCUUCACCCUCUCAAAAGGAGGGUUAUCCAUAAUAUGCAAGGAAGCUAAAGGCAGCUUGAAAAUCAGCAGAUCCUUUGGGAAAUCUUCAGAUGCUUUAAUCAGGUUUCAUUUCUGAUAUUGGAGAAAAUUUGGACAAAGAAUAAAAAUGGGACCCAAGUUCCAAGUCUUCAUUUUCAUUUGCUGCUUAUGCUUGAUUGAUCAGACGACAGGGAUGCGUGGAGGAAAGGAUAAAGACUCAAAACAGGGUGCAGGAAGAUGUAAAGGAUGGGAAAUCGAUCUAAGGAACAACCUCACUGAUCCAGGAAAUAUCUCAGAGUAUAUCAAUGACUUUUAUGAGAAUAUCAGCGAUCUGAGUCCAGGAUGUGUCCGGUCGUUCAGCCUUAAUGUCACUCAUUCCAAUUUGGUGGAACUGAUGAAGCUUUUAAAUACCAAAUAUGAUUACCUGAAUCCAGGUACCAGGAAGCAGAUUUAUAAAUGGGUUGAAGAUAUUUACACAAAAACACCAGGACCUGGAAUGGACAUCUGGAAACCCAAACCUCAUGAGAGAAAAUCAAAAAAUCCAGAUGAAAGUAACAACCCAGAAAAAGGGAAAGGGAAAGGCAAAAAAGAUUGGAUCACCCUUAAUGUUCUUAACAUACUUGGCCGUUUCAUUGUGCAAGCACCUACUUCUACUCUCUUGAGCAUUGCAAUGGGUAAAAAUAAUACGGUAUGCCAGCUCUUCAAGACUUCCUCUGACCUUUUGGACAAGCUGUUUGAUCUCACACCUGUGCAAGCUCGCAUAUUCUUAAAAGGACUUUAUAACUGUAUUGAUGUUGACACCAAGAAUGAAACAGUAAUCGCCAACCUUGGUCAAUUGGUAUGUUUUUACCCAACAAAACAAUUGAAGUCACUGAGUAUGAAAGCUAUAAAAGCUUUGCAGGACAAACUGCGCAACUGCACCAGGAAUACAAAGAAGAUCUAUCGAGCACUAGUAGAGGUUAUUGGUGUCAACAUUUCAAGUGCUGAAAAUCUAAAAGACCUGGGAGAUGCUGCAAUUGGACUUAAAAUCAGUCAAUUGACCAACCUCAAGGAAGAUGUUGUUGUAGGUGCUAUUGAAGAACUGAAGAAUGUCAGAGGCUGGUCCAAAGGCCAAGCGAAGGUCUUUGUCAAAAAGUAUAUGGAAGCUGAAAAUGUCACAGCCGAAAAAUUGAAAAAACUGGGUUAUCUUACUUUUGGUUUUGGUGCCAAGACAUUCGGAAAGUUCAAAGGCCAGGAGCUUCUAGAUGCUUUUACCGUUAAGGAGGUGUCAGAAUCCGCAAAUUUCAUGUUGCCAGUACAGAAGAAUCUUAUCGUGGAAAGGAUUUUGGAGUCAGUGGAAAUUGAUUCAGCUCUAGAAUUACUUCCAGAGACACUGGUGCCAGAAAUUCCAGUAAAGAAACUACUAAAGGCUGGCAACUUCAGUAAUUUAGACUUCGUAAGCAAGAACAGACCUUGGAAUAAGGGUCAGUCUGUUGUUGCCAUUGAUCGUGUUAAAGACCAACUCAACGAUGUUAAAAAUAUCAGUAAAUUGAAGGCUGUGGUCAAAGGAAUUCCAUGUAGCCUCAUUAACACACUGAAACCUGAUGUGAUGAAGGCACUGGCAAAUAACCCCCUUGUUUCCAGUAAUCAGAUUCGCUGUUUUUCUAUCAAAUUCUUUAAAGACAAGAAGACCAGCAAUUCAAAUUACUUCAGCAAGCUGACACAAGAAGACAUUGAUGAAUUCUUGAUCUCAUACAUGAUUUUUCAACCGGAGAUUAAGGAACUGAAGCUCAUUCCACGAAUUUUGUGCCCCAACAUGGUUGAGCUAAUAAGCCAGGCCAAUAUCACAAUGCUUCCCCGAAGUUCACCCAGACGUAAGGAACUUCUCGAUUACACAAAAGAUUGCCUGAAUUUGACUGCAUCUGCAAUGACAGAGGAUGAAGGCAACAGCUUGGGUUCCCUCGUCUGUGCAUUUAGUCCAGAUGACAUCAACAAUUUAAACAACACUGUGUUCCUGGCAAUUGUUGAUCAACUUCGAGAAUGUGGACGAUUUGAUGGGGCAAGGAAAAUAGCUCUUAGACAGAAGAUCCUGUCAGCCUAUCCGCCUCUCAUAAAGUGGACAGUCAAUGAGCUCACUGAAUUACGUAGCCUAUUGGCAGUUCUCACGUAUGAGGAUUUUAAAUCAAUCCCCAAUAAUGAUGACAUCCAAACAGCACUCUUGGAAAUCCUCUCCUCUUACAAGUCUGCUAAGAAUUUUGUCCCUCCUGAUUUUGACAAUUCUCCAAAUUUCUCUGCACUUUAUCAAAAAGUCUUCAGUAUGCUGAACAGUGCUGCAGGAAACAACAGGAGAAAACGGGCACCAGUUUGCUCAAAACGCCCCACCGAAGAGGAAAUCGAAACUCUUGGAGAAGCAAACAUUUUAUGGACUGUUGAACAGUUGAUGUGCAUCUCAGUCGAAGACUUCAUAAAUUCACUUGACACACUGACUCAGGUCGAAGGUUUCAACAUUGAUCAGCUGAAAGCAUUAAAAUCAAAAGCCUUGGAGGCUUUUAGCAAUAAAAUCUCAAAUGACCAGCUUGCCUCUCUAAAGAGGAUCACACUUGGCUUUGAUGAGAAUGAAGUAACGCAAUAUUUCACUGCACCCGAUAUUGAUACUAUUGGUGCAAUCUCGGACAACAAGGAAUGGGCCAGCACUGAGUAUUCCAGUCGAGCCAAGACUAUCGUGAAGAAUUUUUUGGGUCAGCGAUCAGACAGUGAACUCAGUAGCGCAGAUCUUGUUGCUAUGGGUUAUUUCCUUUGUACCCGUAGCCCAAGUGAGAUCAAGAACAUUAACGUGAUAGCCUACAGCAAUGCUGCCCAGGAGAUUGGGGAAACAAUGUGUCCUAAUAUUGAGACUCUAAUUGCUUUGAAGAAUAAAGCAGUGGAAGCAUUUUCCAGUGUGGAUACCUGGACUGGCGCGCAGUUACAAGAGAUAGGGGUCGUAGCAGCUGGUCUAAGUGCAGAAGAAGUGCCCAAACUGAUGACAUCCGCAGUUUCAUUCUUAAAACCUGGAGCAGUCUCCAAGAUCCCCCCGAAAAUCUUUUCGGCCAUGACUAUCGAGCAACUAAGAAAUCUGGGACCACAAAACUAUGGGGCAGUUACUGAUGCACAGAAAGCAGCCUUGUCAAAGGAAAAGCUUCAAGCCUUGCAAGAAAAUGCAGGAUUUGCGCGAUCCAUCGAUAAUGCUGGCGCGAUCUUCUGGAACCCUGUGAUGAUACUGACCCUUCUGGUUCUCAGCUUGACAGCAACACUUCAUUAAACAGCAGAAUUGGGAAAAUCACUGAUGCCAAAAAUGACACCAAGCAAAGCCAACAAAAAAAUUUACCCAUUGAAAUUCAAGUCAAAAAUAUUGCAGUUAAAAUCUGUAAAUAAUGCAGUUAAAAUGCUGUAAAUUCCAGCCCAUUUGCAUUACAGAGAUAAUUGACUAACCACAUAGCUUUCACAGCGACGCUCCUUCAUCAGGUGGUUGCACUACCACCUGAUGAAGGAGCGGCGCUCCGAAAGCUAGUGUGCUUCCAAUUAAAUCUGUUGGACUAUAACCUGGUGUUGUGUGAUUUUUAACUUUACUGUCUUUGGUUUGUGCUACUAGGGAAAAUAAACUUUAUUGCCUGUAUCUCUUGUGUUUGAAAUGUUCUAGAAAAGACUUAAAAUCUGUUGAUUAUCAUUAACUCAAUAAGAGCAUCUUUCACUGAAAUAAUCAAUAUUUUUUUAAAAAAUAGAUUCAGAUUUAUCAUUUAGAAUAAUUUAGAAUUGUUUCCCUCUUAUAGGUUUAGUUAAAAAUUAACAUGUUUGAUAAAUUAGGACUUUCUUUGUAAAGGCUAAAUAAAGAAAUGUAUUCACUUUCAA